AGGACGUGACGUCACGGGAGCCAACCCCUCCCCCUUCCACACACGCCGGCUUCUCCCAUUCAGCAACUGUCACCCAGCCCAACCGCCCGAACCGCCGCCCGUAACCCCUAACCCGCCGCCAUGGCCUGGGAGUACGUCAGCCCGGAGCAGCUGGCCGGCUUCGAUAAGUACAAGUACAGCGCCGUCGAUACCAACCCGCUCUCCCUCUAUGUCAUGCACCCCUUCUGGAACUCUAUUGUGCGGUUCUUCCCUACAUGGCUGGCUCCGAAUCUGAUCACUUUUAGCGGUUUCCUACUUUUGGUUUUUACCUUUCUCUUGAUGGCGUUUUUCGAUCCAGACUUCUACGCCUCAGCCCCGGGGCAGGAGCACGUGCCCAACUGGGUGUGGAUAGUGGCCGGCCUGCUCAACUUCACAGCCUACACUCUAGACGGAGUUGACGGCAAGCAGGCUCGGAGGACCAACUCCAGUACGCCACUGGGGGAGCUGUUCGACCACGGGCUGGACAGCUGGGCCUGCAUCUUCUUUGUGGUGACGGUGUACUCCAUCUUUGGGCGGGGCGAGACCGGGGUCAGCGCCGUGGUGCUUUACUUCCUGCUGUGGGUGGUUCUGUUCUCCUUCAUCCUGUCCCACUGGGAGAAGUACAACACCGGGAUCCUCUUUCUGCCCUGGGGCUACGACUUGAGCCAAGUGACCAUCUCCUGUGUGUAUCUGGUCACCGCCGUGGUGGGAGCAGAGACCUGGUACCAACCCGUUGUUUUUAACAUCUUAUACCGGGACCUCUUCACUACAAUGAUAGUCGGCUGUGCCGUGUGUGUGACGCUGCCAAUGAGCCUCUACAAUGUGUUCAAGGGCUACCGCAAUAACACGCUGAAGCACACGUCGCUGUACGAGGCCAUGCUGCCCAUUAUAUCCCCCGUGCUGCUUUUCAUCCUCUCCACCCUCUGGAUUUUAGCCUCUCCUUCCAAAAUCCUGGAGCACCACCCCCGCCUCUUCUACUUCAUGGUGGGAACCACCUUUGCCAACAUCACCUGCCAGCUGAUAGUGUGCCAGAUGAGCAACACCCGAUGCAGGCCUCUGAGCUGGCUGCUGAUCCCCCUCACGUUGGCCGUGGUUGUGUCGCUCUCCACCGUUACCCCACGAGACGAGACCUUGGCGCUGGUUCUCCUGACGGUGCUCGUCACCCUGGCGCAUAUUCAUUACGGCGUGAAUGUGGUCAACCAGCUGAGCAAACACUUCAACAUCCUCCCCUUCUCGCUGAGGAAGCCCAGUACGGACUGACUAGAGGAGGAGAAAAUCGGCCUGCAGUCUGCGCAAGUACUGUAACCCCGCCCCCGCAGCCCGGAGGGACACGCCUCUGGGCGGGCACUGGAACCAACCACUGGAACCCUUUAUAAGGGGCCGCUACAAACAUCUCCUUUGGUAACUGACAAACUGACUAUAAAAAAAAAAAGACCAACUGAAUGUUUCUGGUGCCGUUUGAUUUCCGACCCCCCCCCCCCCUUUCUUUUAUUUGUGCUCCCCCCCGACUGAUCACGUGAUCUGGAUCCGGCGCCAUCGACGGUACCUACGGCUCCUCGCCGGCCAAGUGCCAAUCAGGAUAAAGCAGCGGAGCCGCCACGGUUGCGUAAAGCACACAGAUCUCUCACAGGCCUCAGGUCCGAAUGGGUUCUCCCUUCAGAACUCUUUUAUUUUGGUCUUGUUUUUGUUUUUUUUAAUCACGGGAUUCAUCGGAUCGUUUGAAUGUUUUUAUUUCCGAAAGCAUCAUGUGACGUAACCUCAUGUCGUGGAAGGAAGCCAGCCAAUGGGACGGUUAUCUCGCAGGCCCCGCCUACCUCUGCGGCCAGUCUCUGUUCUCUAUUCCAGCCUUGCUCUGUCAUUUAUUUAUAUUCUUGUUGGUGGUCUGAAUAUUGCUGCUGAAUUGGGGGGGCCUGGGGGGGCGGGACUGCGGCAUUGGGGGCGGGGUUCUUCUGUAUAUUGAAAAGAAUGAGUUUGGAUCUGAUCAAUGCCCCCCCCCCCGCUCCCUAGAAAUGUGAUUGACAAGGUUAAUUUGCUGCAGAUCCUGGUACAGGUGUAGGACCCAUUAUCCACAAUGCUCAGGGUUUUCCGGAUAAGGGGUCUUUGCAUAAUUUGGAUCUCCCUCUAUAUUAUCAUGCUGUGUAAGAAGUGGAGUAAAACCAUUACCGGCCAUAGCAGCCAAUCAGAUGCGUCGCUUUGGGUUCCUAACUGUUAAAAAUCUAAUUGCUGAUUGGUUGCCCCGGGCAACAUCACCAGUAAUGCUUGACUCCACUUGAUAAAUAUACCCCUGAAUAAACCCAUUAGGUCACGUAAACAUGGAAGUUGAACGUUUUCCGCCUAGCAACCGCUUACCCUUUCCGGAUUUAGGAUUCGGGGUUCGAAUCCGAAAAAGUUAGAUUGGGUCCCUAAUCCCUAAUUAUAUCCUAAUAAGGAUUAAUUAUAUCCUAAUAAACUACUGUUUUAUAUUUAUAGAGAAAAAGAAAAUUAAUUUGAAAAAAAAAUUCCAAUUAUUUCAUUAAAAUAGGGUCUCCCGUAACCUGGAUCUGUCUGGAUAAGGGAUCCUACACCUGUGCAUCAUGUCCCCCAUGUUCAGCCGAAUGGGUUUCUGGGAAUUCAGUUACGAGGCUGGCAGUGCCAUACGGCUUCCCUGGCAUGGACCCCCGAUUAUAAGCCCCGCCCCCUUCCCUUUCAGUCUUACCUCUGAGACCGCCUCUGUCUGGUGCUACUUUCGGUUGCUUUUUUUUACAUUUCUGUUGGUUCCUGACCCCGCCCCCCAGUUUGGCGGUGGGACGUAUUCGCAUGCCGAUUUUAUUUUUUUUGUAGAGUUUUUCGUUUUUGUUGUUGUUUUUAAUAGAAAUGGCGCCCCCCUCCGUGCUUGAAUGAAGGGUGUAUCUAAAGCCCCCCGUUACGUCGGGACAGGGUACACCUGGAGGGAACAAGCACGGCAGGCGCUAUUAUUAAUGAUAGUAUUGAUAUGUAUCAUCAUGUGGGGGGGGUCUGCCCCCCCGGGGGGGAGGGGCUAGUAUUCAGCCCAUGAGAAAUGGAUUCUCACCAAUCAAAAGGUGACAGUGAUUUCAAUGACUGGCGUCCAAUCUGUAACCCCACCCCCUGGUUACUAUGCAGGCCAUAUUUAAUUUAAAGGGAAACUAUACCCCCAAACAAUGUAGGUCUCUAUAGUAGUAAUGCUAUUGGGUAAUCCUAAAUAGGAAAC